GGAGAGGAGCGCGCGGCCUUUUGCACCGGAGCGUCACCGGAGCGUCACCGUGAAGCGCGUACCGGGCUGCGGAGCCCCGAGAGCCGAGACCAGAGCCCCGAGACACCCGAGACACCCGCCACACCCGCCCCGACACCCCCGACACCGGCCCGACACAAGCCGCACGCAGGCCCCACGCUCCGGACCCGAACUGCCCGUCUGAACCGCCCCGACCCGCCUCGAGGACCGACACCCGGCAGCAGCUCCUCCCUCCCGAGAGAACCACCGCAGCGGCCGCGAUGGAGCUCAUCACGAUCCUGGAGAAGACGGUCUCCCCCGACCGAAAUGAACUGGAGGCGGCACAGAAGUUUCUGGAGCAGGCGGCCAUGGAAAACCUGCCGCUGUUCCUGGUGGAGCUGUCCAAGGUCCUGGCGAACCCCGGGAACACUCAGGUGGCUCGAGUCGCCGCCGGGCUCCAGAUCAAAAACUCGGUCACGUCCAAAGACCCGGAGCUGAAGGCGCAGUAUCAGCAGCGCUGGCUCGCCAUCGACGCCAACGCCAGGAAGGAGAUCAAGAAAUACGUGCUGCAGACCCUGGGCACGGAGAACUACCGCCCGAGCUCGGCGUCUCAGUGUGUGGCGGGAAUCGCCUGCGCAGAAAUCCCCGUGAACCAGUGGCCCGACCUGAUCCAGGAACUGGUCAAGAACAUGACCAACCCCCAGAGCCAGAGCACGGAGCACAUGAGGGAGAGCACGCUGGAGGCCAUCGGCUACAUCUGCCAGGACAUCGACCCCGAGCACCUGCAGGAAAAGGCCAAUCAGAUCCUGACGGCGAUUAUCCAGGGCAUGAGGAAAGAAGAACCAAGCAACAACGUGAAGCUCGCCGCCACCAACGCCCUCCUCAACUCUCUGGAGUUCACCAAGGCCAACUUCGACCGAGAGUCGGAGCGUCACUUCAUCAUGCAGGUCGUGUGUGAGGCCACUCAGUGUCCAGACACCAGGGUGCGUGUGGCGGCUCUUCAGAACCUGGUGAAGAUCAUGUCUCUGUAUUAUCAGUACAUGGAGACUUACAUGGGCCCCGCGCUCUUCGCCAUCACGAUUGAGGCGAUGAAGAGCGACAUUGAUGAAGUGGCUCUACAGGGGAUCGAGUUCUGGUCCAACGUUUGUGACGAGGAGAUGGACCUGGCCAUCGAGGCAUCUGAGGCCUCGGAGCAGGGACGCCCCCCGGAGCACACCAGCAAGUUCUACGCCAAAGGAGCCCUACAAUACCUGGUGCCCAUCCUCACCCAGACCCUCACCAAACAGGACGAGAACGACGAUGAUGACGACUGGAACCCGUGUAAGGCGGCGGGCGUGUGCCUCAUGCUGCUCGCCACCUGCUGCGAGGACGACGUGGUUCCUCACGUUCUGCCCUUCAUCAAAGAGAACAUCAAACACCCCGACUGGAGGUACCGCGACGCCUCCGUCAUGGCCUUUGGCUCCAUCCUGGAAGGACCUGAGCUCAACCACCUCAAACCCAUCAUUAUACAGGGGAUGCCGACGAUGAUCGAGCUGAUGAAGGACCCGUCGGUGGUGGUGCGGGACACGACGGCCUGGACCGUGGGGAGGAUCUGUGAGCUGAUGCCCGAGGCGGCGAUAAACGACAUGUACCUGGCUCCUCUGCUGCAGUGUCUGAUCGACGGACUGAGCGCCGAGCCGCGGGUCGCCUCCAACGUCUGCUGGGCGUUCUCGUCUCUGGCUGAAGCUGCGUACGAGGCGACAGAAGCAGCGGAGGAGCAGGAGGAGCCGGCCACCUACUGUCUGUCCUCCACCUUUGAGCUCAUCGUGGAGAAACUUCUGGAGACCACAGACCGACCGGACGGGCAUCAGAAUAACCUUCGCUCGGCGGCGUACGAGGCCCUGAUGGAGAUCGUGAAGAACAGCGCUAAAGAUUGUUACCCGGCGGUGCAGAAAAUCACACUGGUGAUCAUGGAGCGGCUCAGACACGUCCUGCAGAUGGAGUCUCACAUCCAGAGCACGUCCGACCGGAUGCAGUACAACGACCUGCAGUCCCUCCUCUGCGCCACGCUCCAGAACGUUCUGCGGAAGGUGCAGCACCAGGACGCCCUCCACAUCUCCGACGUCGUCAUGGAGAGUCUGCUCAGAAUGUUCCAGAGCACGGCGGGCUCUGGGGGCGUGCAGGAGGACGCGCUCAUGGCUGUGUCCACGCUGGUCGAAGUUUUGGGAGCAGAUUUUCAGAAGUAUAUGGAUGCCUUCGAACCGUUCCUCGUGAUCGGACUGAAGAACCACGCAGAGUACCAGGUUUGCCUGGCGGCCGUGGGGUUGGUGUGCGACCUGUGCAGAGCGCUCAUGUCCAAUAUUCUGCCGUACUGCGACAAGAUCAUGAACCUGCUGCUGGAGAACCUCAGGAACCAGGACGUCCAUCGGUCCGUGAAGCCUCAGAUCCUGUCCGUGUUCGGGGACAUCGCUCUGGCCAUCGGGGGAGAGUUUAAGAAGUACCUGGCCGUGGUGCUGGACACGCUGGACCAGGCCUCACAGGCGCAGGUGGACAAGACGGACUAUGACAUGGUGGAUUACCUGAACGAGCUGAGGGAGGGCUGUCUGGAGGCCUACACCGGGAUCAUCCAGGGCCUGAAGGGCGACCAGGAGAACGUCAUCCACCCGGACGUGAUGCUGAUGCAGCCUCGUGUGCCCUUCAUUCUCUCCUUCAUCGAUCACAUCGCCAUGGACGAAGAUCAUUCAGACGGAGUCGUGGCGAACUCCGCCGGACUCAUCGGGGACAUGUGUGUGGCGUUUGGGAAGGACGUGGGGAAACUCGUGGACGAUCUUCCCAGAAUCAACGAACUUCUGACUGAAGGACGACGCUCGAAAACCCAGAAAACCAAGACUCUGGCAGGAUGGGCCACGAAGGAGCUGCGCAAGCUCAAGACGCAGGCCUGAUCGGGGGGGUGGAGCUUGUGGACAGCGGUGUUUUCCUAUUGGUUCCUGUGGGGCCGCGUGCCCCCUGCGCGGCCUCUGAUUGGUGGAGCCGAGCAGCAGCGUGUGUGUGUGUGAGAGCGACUGACGACGGAUGAUGACAUCACACCACCUUCGGUUUCCGCAGCGACGACCCCUGACCCCGCCGCACGACCUCGACAUUUGAGACGAAGGAAAUAAAAGACUGUGGACGUUUCCGUGGCACCGGAGCUUCUUUAGUUUGGUCCGAGCGGCGGCGAGCGCGGCGGCGAGCGCGGCGCCGUGCCAAACGCCGCUCGCUGUCGGCCAUGUUAAUAAAUAAUAAGAGUUUGUACCAGGUUCUAUUUUUCCAUGUGUGAUGAAAAUAAAAACGUAACAUUCCCAA